ACGGCACCAGCACCAGCUGAAUCUUAGCUGGAUGCACUCCCCACCUCUUUCUACUGCACUUCUACUAUCCAUCCAACCUUUUUCUUUCCUUUUCCAUUUCCCUCUCUCUCUCUCUCUCACACACACAAAAAGAAAAGAAAAGGAAAGAAAAGUCCUCACGAAUCUUACACCAUUAACUCCAUUUCCUUCUCUCUCUCUUUCUCCCUCCCCAUUAGACCUGCAAAAACACAAUGCUUUCCUCUUUCUGCUGCUGCUGCUUCUGCUUCUUGUGGUUGUUGUUUUUAUCAUGUGAAUCACUUCACAUUCCUAGCCGUAGGAUCCUUCAUCAACCUUUCUAUCCAUUAGAUUCUAUCCCUCCAUCUGAACCUCCUUCUCCUUCUCCACCUUCCCCUCCCACUCCCAAAUAUCCUUUCUCUUCUUCCACUUCUACCCCUCCCGGUUCCCCCUUUUUCCCUACCAUCCCUUCCGCUCCCCCUCCUCCCUCUCCUUCCUCUUUCGCUUCCUUCCCUGCUAACAUCUCCUCCCUUAUCCUCCCUCACACUCCUGCACCCAAGCAUAAUUCGCAAAAACUCCUCAUCCUCGCUAUCGCCGCCGUCAUAUCUGCUUCCUUUGUCACUGGCAUUCUCGUCUUUUUUUACUGCCGUCGCCGUUGGCAGAAACGUAAUUUCCUCGACGAUAACAAGACCUCAACAUCAGACAACAGCAGCAGAUUAUACCCCAACAACAAUAAUAACCGCAACAAUAAUGUUGAUCGUUGUAAGCUCAGAACAACUUCCACGACCAGUUCCGAAUUCCUUUAUUUGGGCAAUUUAGUAAAUUCACGAGGCGGAAUCGACGACGGUUCCAAUAAUUCGCAAGGCAAUGCCCCGUUGGAUCCAAGAAAAAUGCAUUCCCCGGAGCUCCAACCGUUACCGCCUCUGUCUAGACAGAACACUGGUCGGAACUUUCGAGACGGUGAAGUGGAGUCGGUUACAGAAGAAGAAGAAGAAGAGGAGGAGUUUUAUUCGCCGAGAGGAUCGUUGGGUGGUCCAGAGAAUUCGAGUGGAACUGGAUCCGGCUCAAGAAGAGUAUUGGCGGCGAUUGCUGUGAAAAGCAUUGAGUCUAGUAGUACUUGUUCGUGUUCAUCUUCGAACUCUGGUUCACCCGCCAGGUCUCAGUCCCUUUGUGUUUCUCCACCGGUUAGUUUGAGUCCCCGAAGAUCCGACUCGAAAUCUCCAGAACUCGUGCAAGUUCAUCCUUCUUUGUCUCCAGAGAGGAUUUUAGCUGAUUCACCAAGAGUUUCGAAUGCGUCUAAUGGAAACAUACGAUCUCCUUCGCUGUUUUUAAGUCCUACAUCACCAGACAGAAUGCUUGUAAAAGAUUCAGAUGAUCGAAGCGUGCAAUCUCCUUCAUUGUCUCCGAUGUUGUUCGUGAACCCAGAUUCUUCUGUUUUUUCCAAUCGAAACUUGGGGUCACCUUCGUUGUCUUCGGCUACUACUUCACCAAACAGAGUGUUGAUAGAGAAGCUAGAUGCAUCGAUCAGAAAUUUCAAGGAUUUGGUUCAAAAUAUGAGGACUCCAUUGAUUUUAGCUUCAGCUGGUACUAGUUCACAAGCAAAAGAAUCUCCAAUUAAUGACCUGGAUCGAAACGAGACAAGGUCUCCGUCUGUUUGUUCAGCUUCUACUUCACCUGACAGAAACUUGGUAAACAAUCUGAAUGAGUUUCCUAGAAUGAUUAAUGAUAUGGAUCAAAUUGCCAGGUCUCCUUCACUGUCAUCAGCAACUAAAACCCCAGACAGAGCUUUGAAUGAGGAUGAGCAGUCUCCUUUACUAUCAUCAGCUUCAUCGUCACCAGACAGAGUUUUCGAGAAAAGCCCAGAGAUGUCUCCGUUGAGGGUUGGUUUUUCGGAUUACAAUAAGGCUUCUUCUUUGUCAUCUUCAGCUUCUUCGUCACUAGGAAGAGAUUUGGAGAGAAGUCCUAAUGAAUCUCCGGUAAGAAUUAGCAGGGCUUUAGAGAAGUCUAUCUUGACUCCGCCGCCGCCGCCGCCACCUCCACCUCCACCACCUCCAAAUCAACGACGGCUCUGGGAAAAACCAGUUUCUUCAAUAUCUUUUGCACAACAGAUAUCGAAGCCGCCUCCUCUUAUGCCCCCAUCGAUGCCGUUUAUGACACAAAGCCCAAUUAAGAUUUCUCCAGUCGAGUUGCCAGCUAGGUCUGAGUCUGAGGCAGUGGAGGAGGCGGAGGAAGCUUCAAAACCCAAGUUAAAGCCGUUACAUUGGGAUAAAGUGCGAGCCAACUCUGAUCGUGAAAUGGUGUGGGAUCACCUCAGAUCAAGCUCAUUUACGUUGAAUGAGGAGAUGAUUGAAACAUUAUUUGUUGUAAACACGCCGAAUUCUAAACCAAAGCAAACAACUCCACGCUCUGUUCUUCCAUCACCAAACCAAGAGAAUAGAGUUCUGGAUCCCAAAAAGGCACAGAACAUUGCAAUUUUGUUAAGGGCACUCAAUGUGACUGUGGAGGAAGUUUGUGAAGCCCUUUUAGAAGGUAAUGGAGAUACACUUGGCACUGAACUUCUUGAAAGUUUAUUGAAAAUGGCUCCAACGAAGGAAGAAGAACGUAAGUUGAAGGAAUACAAAGAUGAUUCACCAGUCAAGCUUGGUCCUGCUGAGAAAUUUUUGAAAGCAGUUCUUGAUAUACCCUUUGCGUUUAAAAGGGUGGAUGCAAUGCUGUACAUAGCCAACUUUGAGUCUGAAGUUGAAUACCUCAAAAAAUCUUUUGAAACUCUAGAGGCUGCUUGCGAGGAAUUGAGAAAUAGUAGGAUGUUUCUAAAGCUUCUAGAGGCUGUGCUCAAGACUGGUAACCGCAUGAACGUUGGGACAAACCGUGGUGAUGCUCAUGCCUUUAAACUUGAUACACUCCUUAAGCUUGUUGAUGUCAAGGGUGCGGAUGGGAAGACCACCCUCUUGCAUUUUGUAGUACAAGAAAUCGUAAGAACUGAGGGUUCCCGACUUUCAAAUACUAACCAAAUACCAAGCUCCACUUUAAAUGAAGAUGCCCGGUGUAGGAAGCUUGGUUUACAAGUUGUUUCUGGUCUCAGUUCAGAGCUCACCAAUGUUAAAAAAGCUGCUGCAAUGGAUUCUGAGGUACUUAGCGGUGAUGUCUCUAGGAUUUCUGGAGGCCUUAAAAACAUCAGUGAGGUUCUAAGAUUAAAUGAAACAAUGGGGUCGGAUGAGAGCAAAGAGAAAUUUUCAGAUCAAAUGAACGGAUUUAUGAAAAUGGCCGAGGAGGAGAUUAUAAGGAUUCAAGCCCAUGAAAGUGUGGCGCUAUCUCUAGUGAAGGAGAUUACAGAAUACUUCCAUGGGAACUCAGCAAAGGAAGAAGCCCACCCGUUUAGAAUCUUUUUGGUGGUAAGGGAUUUCCUUACAGUUCUUGAUAGGGUCUGCAAGGAAGUUGGCAUGAUAAACGAAAGAACUAUUGUUAGCUCUGCCCAUAAAUUCCCAGUUCCAGUGAAUCCAAUGAUGCAACAAGUUUUCCCAGUUCCUGUGAAUCCAAUGCUGCCGCAUGCUUUUCCUGCAUUCCACAGGAGGCCACAACCUGGUUCUGAUGAUGAAACUGCAUCACCUUAGUUGUUUGCAGAUGUAAACAGGUCAAAACUUUAGGUAGAAACUGCCCCAAUUUGGUGGUUUGGAGCUUGUAUGGCCUAGCCAGCUAAGUCUUUGUAAUUUAUUUCUUCUUAUUUUUCAUAUCUGUAUAAAUCCAUGUACAAAAUUUUGGGAACCUUCUUAUU